GUAAAUUUCGUCCUCAGAAAAGGUGUCUGCGCCCACGCACGCAGCCUGUUCGCCGCGCCGCCUGCCCUCGCCCGCCCCUGAAGCGGCCGAGAGGGACCGGCGCUGGAGCCGCUGCGCUCACGCAGAGUAGGUGCAUUUCCCGGCGCGCGGAAAGCCGUUUGCGGGCCAAUUCCCCGCAGUUUGUUUCGGUUGCAAGCGACAGCACCCAUGUCCUGCGAGCGUGACGAAACCGCCGUCGUUGCGGGCGUUUCGCGGGCGCAUGGAAGAAGCGAACUGGUGCCUCGUAUUUCUGCGGAAUCGUUAUCUCGAAAAUCGUUUCCGCCGCGUCAGUUAAUUCCUGUCGCAAGUGUCCGCGUAGUUUAUUGCUUAAGUAUGUAUAAAUAGCCGUGGGUGUUGUUGGCAGUAAAGUGGGAACAUCGCGGCCAACUUCUUCAGAUUGCCUCCCGCGCCUCCAUUGUUUUAUAGGCGCCCCUCCGCUGAUGCCUCGCGGUCCCUAUCUCGUGCCCUCCGCCCACGCCUCGCCCGCCCGCCCGCCCUUUCAGCACAACAAGUGGCCGUGUGUCUCCGCCUGCCGCCCUCCGACGCUCCCCGGCCUUCCAUUCCUCCUUGACUUCCAGCCUGCCUGCCGCCGCUUCCAUUGUCUGCUGAGGAAAUCUACGGAAAGCACGCGCCAUAUUUAACUAUAUUUUUCGUGUUUUUUUUUUCCCUGUUAUUUUUAAUUUAUUUACAUUUUUAUUUCAUUUUUAUUAUUACUUUUUUGUUGUUGUUGUUUGAAUGUGUUGGCUGGACAUCCAUCCUUGCCCUUACUGUAUGAAUUUAAAAAUGCUAAUUGAAAAUCUGAAUAUUGAUCAUAACCCAAAAGAGCAUCGAAUGCACUUUAUUCGCCUCUGAAGACCGGCCUUUGAGCAUCCCUCGCGUUUCUUUGGCAGGAAAUGGUCCAGGUGUUCAACUUCCACCGCUACGACAACCUGCGCCACGCCGCCAACAAGAAGGACCCGCGGAAGCAGAAGUUCGAGUCGCGCGGCCAGAAGGUCGUCUCGCUCCUGUUCUCCGCCUGCUCCGGUGACGUCACGGCCAUGAGGAGAUACGCCCUGGCCGGCCUGAACAUGGCGGAGAGCGACUACGACGGCAGGACGGCGCUGCACCUGGCCGCCGCCGAGGGCCACCUGGACACGGUGCGCUUCCUGCUGGACAAGUGCAAGGUCCCCCCGGCGCCCAGGGAUCGCUGGGCCCACACGCCCGCGGACGACGCCGAGCAGUUCGGCUUCGCUGAGGUAGCGCAGUACAUCAAGGACUACGAGCAGAGCCUGGAGGAGGCCAAGAAGAAGGACACCAUUGAGGAGGCGGAGGAGGAGACGCAAGCAGAGCAGUAAAAAGACAUUUUCAGGAGAUGCGGAACUGAAAGACGUCGUUUGCUAGACACUUAGACAUUAUUUCUUGCGGUUGAUUUAUGGUGCAUUUCUAGUCAUUCUAACGUACAUUUCCAGGUGAAAGUGUAUCGUGUGCUGUUAUUGUUUUUACUUUUUUCUAGUUAUAGAACGAUGGUUAGAAUCACCAUAAGAUUAUUUGUAUAUGGUAUGUAGGUCAGUUAUAUUCGACCCCAUGAUACGAAUUGUUAUAUAUUUUCAUUUUUUCUUCAUAAAUCUUAUAUACAUAGCCAUAUUGUAUAAAUGGGAAACUGAAUGGAGGCACCAGACAUAUUGCCCAAAAACAUUUGAUUGUAGAUAAUAUUAUUUUCGUUAGAUUUAUUGGCGCACAGAAUAAUUAUUAUAUUAUAAGAAGGUAGUAUAUUUACAAUUCCAUAUUUUCUGAAGAAAAUCGUAAUGGUAUACCUUGCUCUUAAAGUAAGAUAAAAAUUAUAUGAAGUAACGAGCAGUAAUAGGAGUAUGUUUCAGGCCUUUAGUGAAGAGUGGAUGUUUAGAGUAACACUGUAUUGUGCGUGUGUGUGCGUGUGUGUGUGUGUGUGUACACUUGUCUUCUGUGUCAGAAAGAGACACCUCCAUCCUAUCAGUGACAGAAAAAAAAGUUUAACAAAUUCUGUUAACGUUUAUCGCCUUACAUUUUGAAAAUUCACUGUGACAAUAUCUACCAGUAUGUGAUUCUGAAUCUUCCAUGAUGUAAAGAUGUGCCUUGAGAAGUAGGCAGAGUAAGCACCAUCUUGCACAUUGCAGUUAAUGCACUUUUCGGCACGCACAGCAACUGGCUUUUUAUACUUCAUUUAUGGUUUGUGAUUGAUAAUGUUCAUGCUUUCAUAGGUAAUGUUUAAAGAUGUAUUGACAGAUAUGAAUAGGGGUUGUGACAGAGUCCAUGUAUGGACAUUCUCUCUUCCCCCCCCCCCCCCUCUCUCUCUCUCU